AUGUUAAAGUUUAACAAAAUUUUCGUCUUUGUUUUAACCCUUUUUGCGGUUUAAUGCGUCUAAUAUGAUAAAGCUGAGUCACUGAAUUAUUUGUUCUAUUAGAAGGCUUCAUAUUGUCCUAGAAAUAAUAUCACUAAUUGGGAGUGUGGUAACAUUUGCAAAUUUCACUCCAGUAUGAAAGAUAUACUUGUAUAUUACAACGAUACACAUGCUGCACAAGGUUACUUAGGAUUUGACAGAGGGUAAAUUGUAAUAACUUUUAGAGGUUCAACAAGAACAUUGACAAAUUGGAUUUAUAAUUUCGACGUGAAAAAAACACCUUACUAAAAAUGCUAAAACUGUUCUGUUCACUCAGGAUUUUUAAAAACUUACAUUGAUAUCAAGAAAUAGCUUCUCUAAAAUUUAGAUAAUUUGAUUUCUAAAUACCCUGCAGCACCCAUUAUUAUUUCUGGUCAUUCUCUUGGGGCGGCUGUAGCAACAAUAGCAGCUAUUGAUAUAUAUCAUUUUUUGAGUGAAAAUUCUUACUAAAAUAUCAUCAAAGAAGUACACACAUUUGGAUCUCCUAGAGUAGGAAAUGAAGCUUUUGCUGAAUAUUAUAACAAGUUAAUACCACAAACUGUAAGAGUAGUGAACAAUUAAGAUAUAGUUCCUCAUCUUCCUCCUAACAAGAUUGGAUAUUAUCAUGUAGGAACAGAAAUAUGGCUUGAUAAAGAAUUUAAUCAGUAGAAAGACUGUUAACCCUUUAUUGAAGAUGAUAACUGCUCAAAAUCAGUAAAGUCAAUUGUUUCAUAUAGCUUUUUUGAUCAUGUGAACUACUUAGGAAACGAUACAGGCUGUAAAGCUCCUUUUAGCUAAGUUAUCUGCUAUUUAGAAUCAGGUAUAGAGGAAGGUUGUGUUGAUCAAGACUUAGAAGAAGUGAUUUUAAAAGCUAGAAAUAAUAAAAUGAGAUUAUUGUUUUUAACAGAAGAAUUUUUAUAAAACUGA